ACACGCCGCAGCUGAGCCCGCCCGCCGCACCACGCACCCUAGCAGUCAGUGGGUGAGCCAGGAGCCGAGGAGGUCACCGUGGGGAGGCGGGGCGGGGGCAGCAUGGCAGCCUCCUUACGGCUCCGUGGAGCCGCCUCUGGCCUCCUGUACUGGAGCCGCCGGCAGCGGCCGGCAGCGGCCAGCCUUGUAGCGGUGUGUUCUAGGUCAAUGGCUUCUAAGACUCCAGUUGGAUUCAUUGGUGUAGGCAACAUGGGGAAUCCAAUGGCAAAAAAUCUCAUGAAACAUGGCUAUCCACUCAUUAUUUAUGAUGUGUUCCCUGAUGCAUGCAAAGAGUUUCUAGAUGCGGGUGAACAGGUAGUGUCUUCCCCAGCAGAUGUGGCUGAAAAAGCUGACAGAAUUAUUACAAUGUUACCCACCAGUAUCAAUGCAAUAGAAGCUUAUUCUGGAGCAAAUGGAAUUCUAAAAAAAGUGAAGAAAGGCUCACUGUUAAUAGAUUCCAGUACUAUUGAUCCUAUGAUUUCAAAAGAGUUGGCCAAAGAAGUUGAGAAAAUGGGAGCAGUUUUCAUGGAUGCCCCUGUUUCUGGCGGUGUGGGAGCUGCUCGGUCUGGGAACCUCACGUUUAUGGUGGGAGGAGUUGAAGAGGAAUUUGCUGCUGCCCAAGAGCUGCUGGGAUGCAUGGGCUCCAAUGUGGUGUAUUGUGGAGCUGUUGGGACCGGGCAGGCUGCAAAGAUAUGCAACAACUUGCUGUUAGCUAUAAGUAUGAUUGGAACUGCUGAAGCUAUGAAUCUGGGAAUCAGGUUAGGGCUUGACCCAAAACUCUUGGCUAAAAUCCUGAAUAUGAGUUCAGGGCGGUGUUGGUCAAGUGACACUUACAAUCCUGUACCUGGGGUGAUGGAUGGAGUUCCCUCGGCUAAUAACUAUCAGGGCGGAUUCGGAACAACGCUCAUGGCUAAGGAUCUGGGCCUAGCGCAAGACUCUGCCACCAGCACGAAGAGCCCAAUCCUUCUGGGCAGUCAAGCCCAUCAGAUCUACAGGCUGAUGUGUGCGAAGGGCUACGCAAACAAAGACUUCUCAUCUGUGUUCCAGUUUCUACGAGAGGAGGAGACGUUCUGAGUUUGCCCUUCGGCUGUGGACACUGGGAAACCAAACUCUAUCUUGGAGCCGCUUAUAGCUCACUCCACAAGUAAAUGGGUUUAAUCAAAGGUCACCUGUCUCCUUUUGAUUGUCUAGGUCACAGUAAACCCUGGGAUUUUUCACCCAUUUUUAACUGCUGCUGCUUUUUACCUAUGUAGCAAACACAUAUUCUCUGAAAUUUUGUUCUUCCGCAAGCCACUGAUGGUCUCUGCUAACUAACUUUUGCAGAAGUUUGAUUCCUGAGCUCCUUCUGCGACAUCUUUGCCUACUUCAAUCAGGAUAUUAUUUUCUCCACUUGACAAAUAAAAGCAAAAUUUUUUUCCCCAACAAGAUAUAGGACCUAUUCUCGAGGGAAGAAGAGAAAUCGGUGGGAGGAAAGGCAGUAGAGAAAGGGCAAGUACAGUGAAAACCUGCCUGUGUCCCUCAGAAGGUUUGUCCUGGAAACCGGGUGCUGGUGAUCUGGCCUUGCCGGCGUUACUGGUCAGUAUUUCCCAGGAGUCGUUAAGGCGGGAGAACUUGCUGGGUGUCAUGUAAUCUGGACUCUUGUUACGUUGUCUUGGUGCGUCCCUCUUAUACCAACUCCCAAUCCUCAGCAAACUUGUUUUUUAUAUUUUUGCUUCCUUGUAUAUUCUUACUACCUAUUUUUUGACUUCAAAAGAAUGACAUCUUUAGAACUAUCUCAGAGCCAAUAAUGGUAUGUGCGUUAGAUAGUUAUUACAGUAUCCUAAAUAUAAGCAUAUUAUUUUGAAUUGAAAUAAAUUUCUAUGCUGAUAAUA